AUGGUUAAAUUCGGACGCGAAAGCCCGACUGAGAUGGUCUUAUGCCUAAAUCACACUAUACAUUUGUCUGUUUUGGCUACUUUUUGUGAUAAAAAUGAAACCAGCCAAGAUGACGCUGUCGAAACUAAUAUACCAACGAUUCAAGCUUCAGAAAUGAACAUUUUCAGAGAGGAAAGUAAUGAUGAUGAUGACCUUUCUAUUGAGGACUACGAUUUAACAAGAAAUGUUCAACUAUACACUCCAAAUAUUGAUGAAGUUUUACUAUUUCAAAAGAAUCCUUUCAAAAAUAUCACACUGCAAAAUAUACAAAAGAAGAGUUGA